UGGUGGGGGGGCCCCCGGGGAGGGGGCCGCGGUGCUGUCUCGGCUGUGUUCGGGUUUCGGGCUGUGCUGAGGCCGCUGAGAGGCCGCGGCUUGUCCUGGUUGAGGGCCCCGGUCCCGGAGCCUCUGGCGGGGAAGUGCUGCUGUGAACAGGAACAGAUAAAGGACAGGUCAUCGACUCCUGAGGAUCCUGCAUCCAGACGACUUUGUGGAAACUCGUGCCAUUUCCAGUAGGAAUGAAACUGAAGGGGGGAAGGGGUGUUGGUAAAGUUGCCAUGGCUUCGAAGCGGAAGAGGGCAACCUCGCCUUCGAGCAGCGCCAGCGGCGAGUGUGAGGACGGGCACCACGUGUCCGGUAGCACUGGAGGCUCUGGCAGGAAACGCCGCAAAAUCUCCAACGUGCCCACUGUCGAUUCAAUUGCUGUUUGCCAUGAACUGUACAACACUAUACGAGAUUACAAAGAUGACCACGGGAGACUGCUGUGUGAGUUGUUUAUCCGAGCCCCCAAACGCAGGAACCAGCCGGAUUACUAUGAUGUGGUUUCCCAGCCCAUUGACCUCUUGAAAAUCCAGCAGAAACUGAAGAUGGAGGAAUAUGAUGAUGUUGAUCAGUUAACCGCUGAUUUUCAACUGAUGAUCAGUAACACAAAGGCCUAUUACAAGGAAGAUUCAGUGGAGUAUAAAGCUGCCUGUAAACUGUGGGAUUUGUACAUCAGAACCAAGAACGAGUUUAUCCAGAGAGCAGACUAUGAGGAUGAUGAUGAUGACGAUGAUGAUGAUGGUCAGGACAACCCUGGCACAGCUGAGGAGGAAGUUAGCGCACCCUACAGUAAUUUGAAGGAGCAACUGGAGCAUCUGUUCGAGGCUGUGGCCACAUACGUGGACCCAGCAGGGAGGCUCGUGAGCGAACUGUUUCACAAGUUACCCUCGAGAGUGCAAUAUCCUGACUACUUUGAGAUUAUAAAGGAGCCAGUGGAUCUGAAGGCAGUCGCCCAGAGGAUUCAGAACGGUUUGUAUAAGAGUGUCAAUCUGAUGGCGCGAGACAUUGAGCUUUUAGUCAGAAAUGCCAAAACCUACAAUGAACCAGGGUCCCAGGUAUUCAAGGACGCAAAUACUAUUAAGAAACUAUUUAAUCAGAAGCGAGCUGAACUGAACCUAGAACCUACGAAAUCCAGUCUACGGAUCAGGAACCGGCGCUCAGCCCAGGGAGACCGUCUCUCUGCCAUCACCAUGGCACUUCAGUAUGGCUCGGAGAGCGAGGAGGAGGGUGGCUUUGCUGGGGUUUCCCGCUAUGAGGAAGGCGACUCUGAGGGAGAGAGCAUUGGUUCCUCUGUUGAUGUUUCCAGCCCGAUUUACCAGCUGUUUGACACAGUCAGGAGUUACCGCAACAGCCAGGGGCAGCUCCUGGCCCAGCCUUUCUUCCGCUUGCCGUCCAAGAAACAUUAUCCUGACUACUACCAGCAAAUCAAACAGCCCGUCUGCCUGAUGCUCAUCAAGCAGAAACUGAAGAGCAAUCAGUAUGAAACCUUGGAUCAGAUGGAUAAUGACUUGAAUAUGAUGUUUGAAAAUGCCAAACGCUAUAAUGUUCCCAACUCUGCUAUCUACAGACGAGUUCUGAAACUACAGCAGAUCCUGCAGGUGAAGAAGAGGGAGCUGUCUCGCAGAGACAUCAUUGAGGACGGGGACAGCAUGGUGUCCUCAGUGACCUCUGACACAGGCAGCGCCAAGAGAAAGAGUUUAAAGAAACUAGAAAAGAGCGGAAGGAAAAGUGAGACCCAUUUGAGGCAAAGACUGAAGAUCCUGUACAACACUGUGGUGGAAGCGCGUAACCCGGCCACAGGGCGAAGGUUCUGUGAGUUGUUCACUGUCAAACCAUCCAAGAAAGAUUAUCCUGAUUAUUACAAAGUCAUCCUGGAGCCCAUUGACCUGAGGAUAAUCGAGAUGAACGUCCGGAGCGGGAAGUACACCAGCGAGGAGGCCUUCGGGGACGACCUGAAACUGAUGUUCAGAAACGCUCGGCACUAUAACGAGGAGGGCUCCCAGGUUUAUAAUGAUGCCAACAUCCUGGAGAAAAUGCUGAAGGAGAAGAGGAAGGAGUUGGGGCCGCUGCCUGACGAUGAGGAGACCGCCUCGCCCAAAGUCAAGCUCAGCAGGAAGAUUGGAGUUUCACCAAAAAAAUCCAAGUACCUGAGCCCCCUGCAGCAGAAGCUGAAUGAACUGUACGAAGCCGUGAAGAACUACACAGACAGUCGUGGGCGCAGACUGAGCGCCAUCUUUCUGCGGCUGCCGUCUCGCUCCGAGCUUCCUGACUACUAUCUGACCAUCAAGAAGCCCAUGGACCUGGAGAAGGUGCGGAGCCACAUGAUGGGAAACAAGUACCAGGAUGUGGACGCGCUGGUGGAGGACCUGGUGAUGAUGUUCAACAAUGCCUGUACCUACAACGAGCCCGAGUCGCUGAUCUACAAAGAUGCUCUAGUCCUGCACAAGGUGCUGCUGGCCACAAGGAAGGAUCUGGAAGGAGAGGACGAUUCUCACAUCCCCAAUGUUAAGCUGCUGAUCCAGGAGCUGAUCCACAACCUGUUUGUGUCUGUGUUGAGCCACCAGGAUGAUGAGGGCCGGUGCUACAGUGACUCUCUGGCUGAGAUCCCAGCCACGGACCCAACCUUCCCCAACAAGCCACCGCUCACCUUCGAGAUCAUCAGGAAAAACAUUGAGACCAAUCGCUACGGGAGGCUGGAUGUGUUUCAGGAGCACAUGUUUGAGGUACUGGAGCGAGCCAGAAGGUUGAACAGAACGGAUUCUGAGAUCUAUGAGGAUGCAGUGGAACUGCAGCAGUUCUUCAUUAAGAUCCGUGAUGAAUUGUGUAAGAAUGGCGAGAUCUUGCUGUCCCCGGCCCUCAGCUACACCCUCAAACACCUGCAGCACGACCUGGAGAAGGAGAAAAAGUCAAAGCUGCCUCGAGAGAUUGAGGAAGACAAGCAGAAACGUGAGGAGGAGAAGAAAGAGUUCUCAGAGAAGAACAUGAAUGAGCAGGUGGGCAGUGACGGGCAGUUGGGGACCCAGCGCACCUACAGCCAAGACUGCAGCUUUAAGGACAACCUGUACCACGUUGGUGACUAUGUGUACGUGGCUCCCGCUGAGCCUGACCUGCUGCCCCACAUUGUCUGUAUAGAGCGGCUAUGGCAGGAUGAUACAGGAGAGAAGUGGCUGUACGGCUGCUGGUUCUAUCGUCCCAACGAGACAUUCCACUUGGCCACGCGCAAGUUCCUGGAAAAAGAAGUUUUCAAAAGUGACUAUUACAGUAAAGUGCUGGUCAGCAAGAUCCUGGGCAAAUGUGUGGUUAUGUUCGUCAAGGAAUAUUUCAAGAUCCGUCCUGAAGGCUUCAGGGAUGAGGAUGUGUUUGUCUGCGAGUCUCGCUAUUCAGCAAAAACAAAAUCUUUCAAGAAGAUUAAGCUGUGGACAAUGCCGGUGGGCACCGUGAGGUUUGUGCAGCGAGACAUUCCCCUGCCCGUGGUGAGAGUGGCUUCCGUGUUUGCCAACGCCCACAAGACAGAGAGCAGGGAGCCAGUGGGGCCCGUACCAGAGGACAGCAAACCCGACGACAGCACCAACAUCAUUGACAAGGAGCGGGAGGAUGUGCCGGUUGAGAUAGCGAGUGGGGAGCCUGGCUGCCAUUACCACGAGCAGCUUCAUUACAAUGAUCUGUGGCUCAAGGUCGGGGAUUGUGUUUACAUCAAAUCCCAUGGUUUAGUGCAGCCUCGUGUGGGCCGUGUGGAGAAGAUGUGGGUACGGAAUGGAGCCGCCUAUUUCUUUGGUCCCAUCUUCAUCCAUCCCGAGGAGACGGAGCACGAACCCACCAAAAUGUUCUACAAGAAGGAAGUAUUUCUCAGCAAUGUGGAGGAGACCUGCACCAUGUCCUGUAUUCUGGGCAAGUGCAGUGUGUUGUCUUUCAAGGACUAUCUGUCCUGUCGCCCGACUGAGGUGUCUGAGAGCGACGUCCAUGUGUGCGAGAGCCGCUACAACGAGACCGACAAACAGAUGAAAAAAUUCAAAGGACUGAAAAGAUUCUCCCUAUCAGCUAAAGUGCUGGAUGAUGAGAUUUACUACUUCAGGAAACCCAUUGUUCCCCACAAGCAGCCGUCUCCUCUCCUGGAUAAGAAGAUCCACGAUUUAGAAGCGAAGUUUGCGGAGUUUGAAGAGCCGGAUGAUGAUGUCGAGGAGGGAGGUGAAGAGGGGGCCGAGGCAGGGGAGCAGCCCUCAGCACCACAGACGCAGACACCUGCUCCCAGUGAGAUGGAGGUCACUCCACAUACACCUCCUCAGUCGACGCCUAAAUCUGCCAAAGGCACAAAGCAAAAGGAGGGCAAGAGGAAAACCAACCCAAGUGGCUACAUCCUGUUCAGCAGUGAGAUGCGAGCGGUGAUCAAGGCCAAACAUCCCGACUUCUCCUUUGGGGAGCUGAGCCGUCUCGUGGGCACCGAGUGGCGGAACCUGGAGGCCGUGAAGAAGGCAGAGUAUGAAGAGCGAGCAGCAAAGCAGGCUGAGCAGCAGGAGCGAGAGCGAGCAGCACAGCAGCAGGCAGCCUCCCCACGGGCUGGCACUCCUGUGGGGGCCAUCAUGGGGGUGGUGCCCCCUCCCACACCAAUGGGCAUUCUCCACCAGCAGAUGAGUCCUGUCACAGGCCUAGUAGGUGGCUACGCCCAGGGCCUGCCGCCAUUGCUCGUCCCCAGUGAUGGGCUGGGGGGCUUGGGCAGCAUGUCGUCACCCCAACUCCUCUCAGCCAUUCAGCCGCUCGGGGUCCUGGGUCAGGGGGUGGCCACGCUGGUGGGAGGCUCGGCCGCCGGCAACACGGGAGUUGUUUACGGACAACAGGGCGUGGCUGGGCAGCAGGCCCCGCCCCCCUACCCCUCACAGCCAAUGGCAGCGCAGGUGCAGCCUCCCUCCUCCCCCAUGUUUGUGGCCCCGCCCCCCCGGACCCAGCGGCUGCUGCACUCAGAGGCGUAUCUGCGCUACAUCGAGGGACUGCGGCCGGAGGCGCUGACCGUCAGCAAGUGGGACCUGAGCCUGGCAGCCAGACGGCAGGACGUGCACCUGAGUAAAGAGCAGGAGAGCCGACUGCCUUCUCACUGGCUGAAGAGCAAAGGUGCCCACACCACCAUGGUGGAUGCUCUGUGGCGUUUACGUGACAUUAUGCUGCGCGACACGUUAAACAUCCGCCAUGCUUACACCCUGGAAUAAUCCCCGGCUUUGCUUCCAGCCUCUGUUGUGGGGAAUAUGUCUGUGUUUGUGCCUGACCGGAAAAAGGCAAACAAUACACCUCUUGUCGGGUCAGGUUGUAACAUUUGUUUUUAUAAAGGUUUUAAUAAGCUUUAAUUGGAUGUUUCAGUUCGGUGUUCAAUGUUCCAGCAAUUUUCACAGUUUCCCGGCGGCUGUGAGUGAGUGUUUGUGAGGAGUUGUUCUGAAUUCAAGUUUUCAUUUAUAAAAAUAAAAGUACCUCGAGUGUC